AUGACAAGUACAACAUCAUCAUCAACGACAUCUGAAAAGAGAAGAAAUAGAAUUGGUACAAAGAAUGGUGACUUGUAUCAAUGGACACAUAUACCCUACGACCAAAUCAAUAGCAACUAUGCAACCCAAGAAUACAUACAAGAUAAAAUUAGAGAGAAUGAAUCAGUUGAAGAUAUCAUUGAACCACCUGAAUCACAUGAUUUACAUGUAUGGCAAUACGAACAAAUAAGACAGUUUACAUUAGAGUUGAAUCACUUUGCCGUACAUUUUAGUGAUGUGUGUACGGCCAAGACAUGUCCCAAGAUGAAGGCGACAGAGGACUGGUUGUUCCUCUGCGCAUCACACAAGGCAACACAAGAGUGUUCGGCCAUCGACUACUUCUUUCAUACACUAGACAACACAUCGGCACUACUCAACAGUGAGAAACUAUUCCCAAAGAGAAUAGAAAUCUCUACCUCUUCUCUCAAACAAUUCCCAUCCAUCAUGAGACGUUUAUAUAGAUUAUUUGCACAUGCCUAUUUCCAUCAUAGAGAGAUUUAUGAUCAAAUCGAGGAACAAACUCAUCUAUGUGAAAGAUUUGUUACAUUUGCUUUAAAAUAUAGUUUAGUACCUCCUAGUUCUUUGAUCAUACCUUCACCGAAAUAA